AAUGGAGAGGGGAAAACAGGGUGAUGUGUGUGCUGCGAAUUCAAAGCUGGGUGGGUCUACGCUCUUUCACAUUCCCAAAAUCACUCCCGGGGCCGUGCGUUAAGGCGCAUUCAGUUUUCAGAAGGCAACGAUGUUCAUGCUGGCUGGGAUCGUUGUUCUGCACAUCACCACCAUCAUCCUGCUGCUGGUGGCCACCAUUGAUAAUGCCUGGUGGAUCACUGAUGCCGUGUCAACUGACCUGUGGGGCAGGUGGGAGUUGACAAGCUCAGCCUGGCAUUACACAAACCUGCCCAAAACCUACCCAGAAGAAUAUCUCCAGACGGUGCAGGCCACCUCAGUGCUCGCCUGUAUUUUCGCCAUUCUGGCCUUGUUUGUGUUCGUGGCUCAGCUGUUCACCCUACCCAAGGGCCAGAGGUUCACCUUCACUGGCAUUUUGCAGCUAAUCGCCUGCCUGUGUAUAAUGAUAGCAGCCUCCGUCUACACGGCCGAGCUUCACGCCAAAGAGACGGAUGGAGGGUACGGACACUCCUACGUCCUGGCCUGGAUCUCUUUUGUCCUCACCUUCAUCUUAGCCGUCACCUACCUCGUCCUGCGGAAGAAGAGUGAGUGAGAGGAUAAAGGGAACGAGGUCAGGCCUGGGAUCAUGUUCCCCGGUUUGGAUUUGGGAAAAUAAAAGAAUUGGAUUUGCUUCAUAAAUUGGAGGGGCGGGGGGGAAAUGUUUUUAAGAUUGAUGAUCUACAUCUGCAGCUAGGAAAACGGGGAGGGGGGGUAAUGUUUGAUUGCUUACAAGAGCCAUUUGUUUAUAUUUUGAAUAUUAUGAAUUGAAAUGGAGAUCAUGCUAUCAUUGCAUGAAGGGCUGAACUUGACAAAUUUCACUUCAUAGAUUUCUAUUUGAUUCAAGAGAGAGGAGGGCAGUGUGGGCUAACAUGUGAUGGUUGUGCUACCUUUUAAAAAGGGCUCAUUUCAUAGCAGUAUAACCAUAACAUAAUAAUAAUAAUAAAUCAAUCGACUUGUAAAAUGUAGUUACAUUUAGAAUUUGAGAAUAGUUCAUGUCCAUUAGUACUAUAAAGGAAUAUUUGACAUUUUGAGAAAUAUAUAAGCUACUUCCAGCAGAUGGAUAGCUUCGCAUAAAGACUGAACAUCUAGCAAAAAAGUAAAAUGUCAAAUUGUGGUUUCAGGAGGCUAAGAGCUGGAGUGCUUGUUGGCCAAGCGUCCUUUGACACAAACAAGAAUAAACUGAGCUUUAGAGGUGCUGGUUAGGGGAUUUUUGACAGCCACGCUUGCUGUUUCCAGUCAUUGUGCUAAACUAAGCUAACCCACUGCUGUAGAUAGCUUCAUGUUUACCAAACAGACAAGAGAGGGGCAUCAUUCUUCUCAUCUAACUCUGCAAGAAAGAAAGAGAAAUACUUCCACAAAAUGUCCAAAUAUUCCUUUAAACAACUAACAAAGCUGACAGUGUGGGAGGAGAACAGCCCUUUGGAGACUUAGUAGUUGAAAAUAAUCUGUGAGAUCAGAGUGCUGACCAUUGUGUAUGAUCACCUGGUGAGGCUGACAGUUACUACUUCCAGAGUGGAAGAGUGGAAAGAAAUACUGUAUCUGUGAAGGUACGGCAUGUUGGCAAAACUACAACAUUCCUGCUGCAGUACUUGAACAAUCAGAAAAAGACCAGCCUCAAUAUACAGCACGAGUAGUUUUAAUCAUGUAUCAUCAUUUUACAACCAGUAUAGAGUUUCUUUUUCUUAAUCUAUGUACAUUAUAACCAUUAUAUUUUUGUAACAUUUUGUAUCGAGUGUUUUUUUUCUUUUCUUUUUUAAACCAUGUUUGAUUUUGUGUGUGUAGUUGGCUGCUAUCAUAAGAAAAGUACAUGCAAUGUGUACGGAUGGAGGUCAAUGUUGUUUCAUUUCACCAUAAUUCAAAACUAUGCAAUUGAAGGUUUUGUUUGUAAUUACAUUGAAAUUUAAGCCAUAUCAUUAUUAAUAAAACAAAUUAUACCAAAAGCCUGUUUCAUCUAGUAAACUCCAUCAUUUAUAAUGCAACAGUUACUUUUGUUAAUGCAACAAAAGUAACUGUUGCAUAACAAAUAUGUAUUCAUUGGUCCAGUUCUGUGGCCUUCACAAGAGAGCACACAAGAUUUCAUCCAAAUUCAUUUGAAUUUGAAUUAGAAACUCUACAAAAAAAAAAGCAACACACA